UUGCGGCUCCCCCCUCCCAUCUCGCGCCUUCCCUCUUGUCUCUCCUCGAACGGCUAGCCAUCGGUGUGUGUUGUUGUAGAAGCAAUGAUGGCGGCAGCGGGAUGCGGAUCAGCAACCGCGGCUGCCGUAGGAGGCCAAGGUGGAACCGCUACUGCCAGAGGUCGUUUCCCCGGUCGGCCUUGGUCGUCACGCAGUCGUUUGCGCUCCGAGAAGCGAUGGCAGCUCGGACGAUCAGGCUUAGAAGCUGAUGAUGUGACUAACGGAGGGCCAAGGCCCGCAAACCUGGUUCUAUCGUUAAACGAAGACCAGUCUCACUUGCGCUUACUUGGGAUAGAGGCGAGCCACAAGAUCCUUGGCCAGGCUGGAUACAGCUCUAGUGGGAGUGAAGAGGUGAGGUCCCAAACCGACCCAGGAGGAGAUGACUUCAGAGGAUUUGAAGCUGAGAGAAAAGGCUCCAAAAGACCUGUAUGGUCACGACAAAAUCCUUCCAAAGGUGAUGCUGUCAACACAAAAUCUAAACGACAAAGUGAGAAGCUACCACUUAAAACGCCAGCAGUGGAGGCAGCUAUUACCCCACCUGAUCCUGUAAAAGAUGUAAAGUCUUUGGAGGAAAUACACAGCUUAUCUCCUGAAGCACAGCCUGCAAAAGAUUGCAGGAAAGGUUCGAAAGGAAAAAACACUAUGGACCAACAGUCCACUAAAAGCAGAGCCUCAUCAGCAGCACCAAGGAUUACUAUAAAGUUGGUGGCCAAAAAGAAAAUGAAAACCGUAACGGAGCCUCAUAAAAAAUCUGUGAAGAAGUUGAAGAUAAAAGGAAUUCAGGAUCAGCCUAAAGCCAAGGACAUUCAGGGCGACCAGAUUUCAAGUGCUCACGUCAAAUUAAAAACUGAACCACAUGAGGAUCAACAUGGCGCAGAAGAUAAGGGAGGGGGGACUGUACCUGCAAGAAGGCGUGGGAGAUCUGCUUCAAAGACAACGGAGCCUGUCUGUCAGACUAGCGCCAAAGUUGUCGAUGACCAAAAAUCAAAAGAGAGAAAAGCAGCCGAUAUAUUUGACACUGUAAAAGAGAGCGAGACUGUUGAGCCAAAAACUAAUGCAAAGCAAUUAAAGCAUAAGGACAUUGUGACAGAGCAAGGUUCUGAAGUUAAUCAACUAGUGAUUCGCAGGAGCAAUAGAGUCACUAACCCACUCUCUAAAAGAGUCUCAGACAGUGCAGCUGAACCAGAAAGUCUGAGUAAAAGUGAUGCCAUUCUUGCAGAGUCAAAGCCAGAAGUGUCUAGAACAGUGGAGGCCAAACCAUCAGGAAGAAGUGACAGACGAAGGCAAAGCAAGAGGCUGAAUAAGGAUGUUACGAUGCCAGAAAACCAUGGUCCAUCAUCCACAGAGACUGACAAUUUAGCUGUACAAUCCGGGGACAGUUGGCCUUUGAAAAACGAGGAAACGAGGGUCCCAAGUUUAAAGUUGAUAAAGAUCAGAAACCCAAAAUAUGAUGCGCAGGCCAGUGGGAAGAACUCUACUCGAAAGAAAAAACGGAGAAAAUUUGUCUGGAGUUUAACAUUAGUGAAGGCAGGAGGUCAGACACAGGGUGCUGAAAACACUGUCAAAGUAACAGAGAAGACUGUCAAUGAAGUGGAUCAGUCCACUCUUUGUGACACCAGUGUCAGCAAGAGUUUGAAGGGGAUGGAUAAAAAAUCUAAACUGGAUAACUCAGCCCCACAAGAGAGUGAAUGCAUGGACAGUAAUGAGAAGGGUUCCCAAAACAAGGCUGACAUGUCUUUUGAGGAAAAGUCCACUUUACAGGUGGAAGUUGAAGUGGAACACGUAAAUGAAACACCUCCACAAGAAAUGACUCAAACGGAGUGCGGGAAAGUUGUCCCACCUCUUCAGAUCAAAAAGGUCUCCUCUCCUGGUAAACAUAAAAGCUCAAAGCCAUCCUUUUUAAUUCAGCAAGUUAGUCCUGUGCCUGAAAAGAAAGAGGAUGUUCUGAAAGAUCUAAGUGAAGUUAAUGAGGAUAAAUCAUCAUGUCUCGAUACUGAAGUCACACCAACUAGGAGACUAAGAAGGAGGACAUCAAGCUUUGACUCACAACAGACAAAGUCUGUCAGUCAUAAGCCAGUGACCACUGAGAAACGGAGGCUUAGAGCGAGUCCACAGGAUGAAGAUACUCCGCAGGUGCAAGUUGAAGAUUCUUCUCAGGCUUCAACUGAAGACUCCAGCUUACAUGGUCUUCCUAAAAACGCCUGUCAGGUUUUGGCUGAGGACCCCUCACAGGUGACCAGUGUAAACACCUCUGAAGUUCCUGACAAGGAUUCCUCACAGAUCGCUGACGAUCCCUCACAGGUGUCAGGUGAAGUUUCUCCACAGAAGGUGGAGGAUGAGGUAGAACCACAGAUCAAAGAGGCCAAACCAUUGCCUGUGCCUUCCAAACCUAGAAGAUGUAGAAAUAAUAAAGUAGGGAAAAAGAGGUCAGUUCAAAGGAAGAAGGUUGUUGUCACUUCUGAAACUGCUGUCAACACAGAGUUGGCUACAGUUGAAGCUACUAUCACAGAGUCUGUGUUAAAGGAUGAUGCUCAGCCUUUAGUAACACAGGUAACUCAGUCUGAAACAAGUGAUUGCACCCAGCCUGAGGCAAAACAGGACACUGUGUCAGUGGAAGAAGAGCAGAUACAGCCACCAGUAAAAGAGGAAACAGACAUUCAAUUGAUAGAUAGUCAACAGUCUUUGGUGUCAGAAAGUCAAGCAAGUGAUCCAAAAACAUUGUGCUUACAAAAGAAGUCUCUCAAGAAAGUAAAAAAGAGGCGUAAAAGUUUGAUUGGGCAGCGCCAGAAACACAGGCACAGGAGCAGAGAUGGGAAGUUUGCUCCACUGAAAUUUUAUGAAAAUAGUCAGAAAAUUGAUGAGGGGGAUAGUGACAUUUCCACCCCAUUGGCAGCUACCACACCGGCCCCAAGCUCCAAACUUAUUGGUAUACAUAAAAAGUACAAAAAGAGACAGACAGGCCUUCAAUUUGGUGGGUCUAAAAGGCCAAAACCACAAGCUAAAAUAAUUUCUAAGCUGAUAGAAGUAGGGCUUGACAAAGAUAGUUUGAAGCAGGAAGAAACAGACACAUUAGUUGAUGGGGUACAAACAGAUGUUGUAGAUGUCCAGCCCGGUAAAUCAAAGUUUGUAAAAAACAUCAAGCACUUCAUUAUGCCUGUUGUAAGUGCCAGAUCCUCACGAGUGAUCAAGACCCCUCAAAGGUUUAUGGAUGAUGCUGGAAUGUCGGUAUUGCCUCGAAGAAACUCCCCAAAGAAGGGUUUACAACUGGGCUUGCAAAUGCGUCCGGGAAAAAGGCGAGAUGAUGGGACAGGCAGGGCCAUAUCCCCUACCCUGCCAGUUGACGAGGAGGACAUAUUAAGUGAAGCUCAAUUGGAUGUCAACCUGUUUUCAGCUCAGGACCUAGAUGUCAACAUUGAUACAGCUGACAGCCUAUUUUCUGAGAGAAAAUGUGGCAAAAUUGAAAAGAAGAAGUCUCUUCUAAAGAACUCUAGUUUCAAGUGGCAUGUGCCAGAAGAGUCUAGCGAGGAAGUGCAUACACUGGACAAAACUCCAGAAAAUAAAUGUGAGGAUCUGUUUUUAUCUACACCAGUCGAUAAGCCCACAGAACUAUCUACUGAUCUCAUGGAUGCUCAGAAAAAGAAAAGUUCCCCUAAGUUUAACAAACAAACGGCUCACCUCAAGAUUUAUCAAAGGCUAAAGAAGGCGCACAUGGGACUUCCCAAAAGCAAAAACACAACAGAGGUGGAUAGUAUGAGUAAACCCCCUCAACCUCCUGUUGAUUUAGCAGAAGGACUCGAUGAUGAGGCCAUGAGCAUCAGCCUAAGGCAGCGGAAUACAAACUCGGAGAAGGACAAAUCCAAGCUCAAGAUAGAAGACCUUGAUUCUCCUGGAGUGGUGAGAAAAGUGUCUGUAUGUGUUAGGACUAUGAACUCCAAGUCCCUUGCAUUUCAGCACGGUAAAGAGGAGGAUUUAGCAGGCAAAGACACUGCCCAACUUCACUCAGGAGAGCUGCAGUCGGAACAGAACUCAGGCAUAGUCGAAGGCGAUUAUCUUGGCUCUGUGGAGAAGGGGGCUUCACAAAGAGCGCGCCUCACUGGUGCAAAUAAAAGAAUGUUCAAUCUCCUCAGGAAAGCCAAGGUCCAGCUUAUUAAGAUUGACCAGCAGAAACAACUUAAGUCAUCUGGGCUGUUAUCUGGCUCGGCUGGCGCCAGGUCUCGAGAUGUGACCUCUAAGAGACAAAGGAGGAAGCAGAGGGUUCAGCUUGAUGCUGAUGUUCCAGUCAAGACAGAGCCACCUCAAGGACAACCGCAGCUCAUCUCCCCGCUGUGCCAGGAGUUCCGUAGAGCAGGAGGUCCACGUAUCAAGCAUGUGUGUCGUGCUGCCUCUGUGGUGCUGGGGCAGCCUCGAGCCUUGGUACCAGAUGACAUUCCCAGACUUAGCGCCUUGCCUCUGCAUGAAAGAACUGGCAUUUCCCCUUCAGACAUCACUAAAGAUAUUGGGUCUCCCUCUGAAUCAGACAGUCCUGGGCUGUCAGAUCCAAAGGUCACCAAGGUCAAGAAGCCAUCGAAUUUUGUGAAACGGAAAGGACUUGGGCCAUUUGGGUAUCGCUCUCGGAGGUGUGGAGUAUGCAAAGGCUGUAACCACGAGGAUGAUUGUGGCAAGUGCAUUAACUGCCUUGACAAACCCAAGUUUGGCGGUCCUAAUACCAAACGGCAGUGUUGUGUGUAUAAGAGAUGUGAUCAAAUUGAAGAGAGAAAAGCACGUAGACUCAGUGGAAGAACAGCACCCAAAGGUGCCUCUAAGCGAAGGCGAUCCUCUCUCAGCGGGGGUCAUUCAAGUAAUGAUGAAGGGAAUGAGGGUGCUGCGGACUCACCAUCUGGUCUCCAGGGCGACAGCUACAGUCCAUCAGUAAGGAAGCAGCCAAAGCGUGUUGUGAAACCCCGCGUCUACUUUGACCUGGUGGACUACGACUCCGAUCUAGAUGACAAAGCUGUCCAAAGCUCUGCCUCGCCAGCCAGGAGAAGGGGAGCCGGGCCCCGUUUCAGUCAAGACUUUGUGUCACUGGAUGGAUUCCUUGGAGACAUUUCAGAUGAUGAAGUCAGGCAUCGAAAGUCCAGCUCACACCGUGUACCACCUGGUCGACGUAAACCUGAGAAGGGUCCUUUGGAGCAGACCCCUCCCAGUGUCCUGGCUGCCCUGGCCCAUGGAUUUGAGCAGAGAGACGUAGAAUGUUCCAAACCUACUCACAAAAUCAGGGUUGACUUCAAGGAGGACUGUACUUUAGAGAACGUAUGGAAUAUGGGUGGUUUAAGUAUAUUGACCUCAGCGCCACUCAUGCCACCAUAUGUCUGCUUCCUUUGUGCUAGUAAAGGGCAACACGAGAUGCUGUAUUGCCAAGUAUGCUGUGAGCCCUUCCACCAGUUUUGCCUUGAACCAGCGGAGCGCCCUUCUGAGGAGAACAAGGAAAACUGGUGCUGUCGUCGCUGCAAGUUUUGCCAUGUGUGCGGCAGGAAAAACAAGCACUCAAAGCCAUUGUUGGAGUGUGAACGAUGCCAGAACUGUUAUCAUACUUCCUGUCUGGGACCCAACUAUCCAAAACAAAACAAGAAGAGGAAAGCUUGGGUUUGUAUGACAUGCAUCAGGUGUAAAAGUUGUGGUGUCACACCGGGGAAGAGUUGGGAUACUGACUGGAACCACGACAAAGGACUCUGUCCAGACUGUUCGAAACUCUAUGAACUGGGUAACUAUUGUCCAAUCUGCUUCAAGUGCUAUGAGGACAAUGACUAUGACAGUCAGAUGAUGCAGUGCGGCACCUGUAACCACUGGGUGCAUGCCAAGUGUGAGGAUCUAACAGAUGAGCUUUAUGAGAUCCUGUCCAGCUUGCCCGAAAGUGUAGUGUAUUCAUGUCGGCCAUGCAGUGUGACCCAGCCCAGCGCCUGGAGAGAGCUGCUCUACAUUGAGCUCAGGGCUGGGGUGGAAAAGGUGCUGGCUUGCUUGCUUUCCUCCACCCUUACCCAGCACCUUGUUACCUGCUCACAGUGUGAGAAGUUGGUUGAUCCUGACAGUGGAAUUGAAGGACAGCCAGCCUGUGACCUCCGCGCUGUAGGCAAGAAGUUUGACAGAGGCCUUUAUACCACGUUGAAAAUGUUCCAUGAAGAUGUGGUUCAGGUGGUGCGUAAGAGGCUUGAGCAAGAGGAGGAUCUUCCAGAGGAACAGAGACCCACUGCCCUGGCACGCUCUUACUACUUAAAGCUCCUCGAGGAAGUAUUUAAUUGGUUCAACAGCCAAGACCCAAAGGUGUGGAACUCUUGUACCAAAGACUUGCCCAUGGGGAUGCUGUCCAAUGCUGUUCAUCCUCCUACAACGGAGCAUGUUUAUGCCCAGUGGCAGGAGAGGGAGGAGCUCUUGUCCAGUGCUCCACUUGGUUUCCUGCAGGAGGAUAAUGGACAAAGCUUAGAUUUAAAGGAAGAAGAGGCAGUUUCUCCGAUGUCUGGGGAGCCAACAAGCCAGAACCACUUCAAAACCAGCAGGGCUGUCAAAUUCAAAGGGAAAAGGGGCCGGCUUUCAAAAGCUGAUUUAGACACCGGAUGGUCUAAGGAGGAUGAGAGACAGUGCUCUUUGUGCCAAAAAUAUGGAGACCUCAAACCUAAUGAAGCAGGCAGGUUGCUGUACUUGGGCCAGAAUGAGUGGGCACAUGUCAACUGCUGUCUGUGGUCAGCUGAGGUGUUUGAAGAGGAGAAUGGCUCUCUACUGCAUGUACACAGUGCUGUCACAAGGGGCCGUUUAAUGCGAUGUGAACGCUGCAACCAGACGGGUGCCACAGUGGGCUGCUGCCUGACAUCUUGUCAAAGUAACUAUCAUUUCAUGUGUGCCCGCUCCCGUCACUGUGUGUUCCAGGACGAUAAGAAGGUCUAUUGCUACAAACACAGACAUCUCAUCAGUGGCAGGAUGAUAACUGGUCAAGAAUUUGAAGUGAACCGCAGGGUAUAUGUGGAUUUUGAGGGUAUCAGCCUUCGUAGAAAGUUCUUGACUGGACUGGAACCAGAAUUAAUCAAUGUAAUGAUUGGUUCUUUACAGAUAGACAGACUGGGUGUGCUGACAGAACUUUCAGCUAGUAAAGGAAAACUGUGUCCUGUGGGUUUUCAGUGUUCUCGUUGGUACUGGAGUACAGUUAAUCCAUUGCGCCGGUGCAAAUAUACAUGUACAGUCCGGGAGGUCCGUCCCGUUAUCCCUGAGAAGCCUGUUGAGGAGAUGCCUGACCAAGGAGACAAUCACACCAUUGCUCACAGUCCCUGUCCUCUACCUGAAUCUGAAGACCAAGAGACUGAUAUUACAGAACCCCAACUCCCAAUGGAGGAAACCUUUGUCCCAGGACCUCCCCCCAAGUCAGAUCACGUUGCAAGGCCAAAGAUUCCCAGCUAUCCCCAAACCAGGAGACCAGCUGGAGGAAUGUCCCGACCUCUUCCAUCCCCAGGACUAACCCAGUUGAAACCCCACCACAUAUUAACCAUAAGUGAUCUGGAGGAGACUCGAAGGGUUCGUCGCCACAGCCCACACUCGCAGACAACAGGCCCCCGCAGUCACAUGUCCCCCACUCCUCUGGGCCCCCCGCCUGGACCAAUCACCCUCCGUGCUGGAAAAUCUUCCCUUCCCACUUCCCCACUGUUCCCACUUGGUGCUACAGACAACCUGAUAAAUUCUCCAUCCUCCCGCCCAGUUGGAGGUAGAAGUGCUUCCUCAGUCCGUUGCCCUGGGAAUACAAUGACCCAUUGUACCUCAGCUUUUUUUCCUCAGUCUACCUGGCAGGACAGUGCAGGCAGCUUUCCCUCUCCAAGUCUGACUUUCUCUUCAUCCAUACAACAUCUACCCAGAACUCGAUUGUCAUUUGAUCUGAGCCAGUCAGACUCAGUUGAGGUGCCACAUAACUUCUUAGCUUCACCAGAACCUGAAGAUGUCUCUCCAGCAAAUGGUACGUCACCACAGGGGGACUUGGACCAACAGAAGGUUGAAGAAGAAUUUCCCUAUGGUUCAUUCCACAAGGAUCCCAGCAUGAGUCUGGGCCAAGAGAUGAGGACAGAGCUGGAGAUUGAAGAGACACUCCUGAAUGAAGGCGUGGCAAUGAACUGCGGGGGGCAAAUAGUGGUGGAAGGUGAUGAUCAGGAAGAAUUUUGGGGAAGAGCCCAAGAGGUACACAAGAGGAAGACUCUUGUUGCCAACCUGCCACGAUCUGCAGCUUCAGCCAGGGAUGACUUGGGCAACACCUCCUCUGAUGAUGAUAUGGAGCACUAUUUUGACUUCUCACGAACAAUAGUCAGCUGUCCCGGAUCAAAAGAUCGUUCCAAGUCUCCCUCCUCCCCUUCCUCCCGGCCUGUGGCUCAGCUGGAUGGUGUAGAUGAUGGUACAGAGAGUGAUGCAAGUAUAGCGACCAACGAAGAUGCUCAAAAAGUUGAGGGUUCUAGUCAAGCUCAGAUACAAGCCAAAAACCUAAAUAAUAAAAGUGUCGCUGAAUCGGAAACUACAAACGGCACACAGGCUGUUCAGAGCCUGUUCCCCGAAGCUUCAUCCAAUGAUAAUCACACAGAUUCGUCAUCAGUCACCAUUUCCAUUGCCAGCAAAAGACCUACAGAUAGUUCACCUCAAGAUCCACCUAAAUCCUGUGACGUUUGUCCACACAUUUCCAGAAACUCUACACUGAAAGAGCAAAGCUCUGAAACUCCGUUAGUAAAUCAGGAGGCCGUGCUUCCUACUCCAGUUCAUGAUGUCCUGCCUAACUUACUCACAAAGGUGCCUGAGACCUCAUAUUCAGAGGACUUAUUCCAGGGUUCCAGUUUAGGAUUUGCCUCUGGAACACCUCUUGUUCUUGAGAGAUGUGACACUAGUCAACAUUUAACUGAGAUGGUUCCUUUGCUAGAAGGCACACCGCUUGAGGCCCAACAGUCUGAAGCUUGUAAACCCCUGAACUCAGAGCCUGGCAGCAGCCACUUUGUAUCACCAACUGAGGGGUCUACUGUGUUAAUGAACCACUUAACAGCUAAUACAAUGGAACCCUUAUUAGCAAAUUCUGCUGAUAACAGUCAGGGCACCCUGCUGCAUCUUCUUCAGCCCUCCCCUUUAAUGUCUACAGAUGUACAAACCCCCUCUCAAGGUCUUGUAGACUCUCUGCAGAUGUAUUCCUGUUUUCCAGGUUUCGCUCAGCCUCCUCUAACAAGUAUCACACUUCAGCCAGUAACAUCCUCACAAGAGUCAACAACCUUCCCAUCCAUGGAACCUUUGUCUACUAAACUAACCACCCUUAAUACUGUUGGAGACAUGACACAAACACUGCUAAAUAUUGCCCCUCAAAACGAUCCAGUGUUAUCAGCUACGUCGGGCACUUGUCCCCCAGUAGGAACUUGUGGAACUGUCACUCUACCUAUCUACUCCACACAAACACAGCCAUUGGGAUCUACCGCUGUGACCAUUGUUUCUUCCUCUGCGUCAAUAUCGUCUCUUUCUGGACUGUCAACACAGUGUUCAGCUCCAACACCAGUCCAAACCACCUCAGCCCCUGUGAUCUUAAAUGGUUUCAGCUCUUCAUCUGUGCAGAAGGAAGCUACAUCUGGCCACACCAUCUCCAUCAACUUUUCUACACCCAGGCCAGCUUUAGAACCUCAACAGCCAGUGGUUCCCCAGGCUUUACCUGGACAUGCUAUACUUACUGUGAAGGAGGUGGGAGGUCCAAAUGUGGAUCCUACACCACAUGUCCUGCUGGUGAACCGCCUUGGGCAGAUCUUCGUGAAGAACCCAGAAAGCAACACUUUCCAGCUGCCCUCUCCCAACUCCCCUUCCUACAACUGUGUCACUCAGAUUGCCAGCCUUUUGCAAAGCAAUGCACUGUCAGCCACACUAGCAGCAGCUGGUAAUAUGACUGUUCCACCCCCCGGGACCAACAUAGCAACAGCAGCAGUUCCUCCGUCGGUUACACCUACAGUUCAGAAUCCAACCACAAUUACACAGCUGCUUACUCACAAUAGCAACGGUGCAGUGGCAUCAGUUAAUGUGAAGAAGCCAAGAAAGACUGCAAAAACAUCAAAAGAUGAAACUGUUCCAGAGUUGAAAAAAACAAAGAAAAAGAAGGAGUCUACUGCAUCCAGAAAAUCCAAGUCCUCCACAGCCUCAGGGCAGCCUGCUCUGUCAACUGAGAAUCCUCCCAUAAAUCCUGCUGAAAGUGCUCAAGCAAUUAUCAAUCAAGCAAUGGCGAGUAACUAUACUCCCAAGUGGAGUGGGCUUCGAACACUUAGCCCUUCCUCACUGGUUUUGCCACCUGGCCUGUUAAUUGAACCGGAGCCUCCAGUGUCGCCUCACUCUCAAUCACUAACACCAGCACCAGCUCCUGCACCCCGCCCUCGCACCCACGUCCGCAUGAAAAGAGUGUCUUCGCUUUCAGACCGAAUUGUCACAAAGAAGUCUAAAGUUGACUUCCUACCACCAGAGCCCAUCACUGAGGAAGAGGAGCACCACAGACCUACCUUUCCAAGCAUCUCCAGCAGGGCUUCAGGAGUCCGCAUCAAGACCCCAACAGUGAAAGGAGUACUUAACCUGGAUGAGUUAAAGGAGGAGCAUAUAAGCGAUUCUGAUAGCUCAGGAUCAGAGCCUUGGGAUUAUAUGUCUCGGGGCGAACAAGGCAAACAGCAUGCUUGGGAACCAGUGGGACACAGCACCCUGACUGACUGGAAGAAAUACUCUGGCGCUGCUUCUACCUCAGAUGAUGAACCACCACCGUCUGAUAAGGAUGAGGAAUGUCCAACUAACAGAGACCAGCCACACUUACGAUUUGAGAUAACCAGUGAUGAUGGUUUCAGUGUAGAGGCAGACAGUAUUGAGGUGGCUUGGAAAGCAGUGAUAGACGGGGUGCAGGAGGCACGAGCUAUUGCAAGGUUGAGACCCCUGACCUUUCAGAGGAUCACCGGUGCCCAUAUGCUGGGUCUGGUCCAUGACGCAGUGGUGUUCUUACUGGAGCAACUUCAAGGAGCCCACCGCUGUCAACGCCAUGCCUUCCGUUUCUUCAAACAGUUCAGCCAGGAAGACGACCUUCCUGUUAAUCCCAGUGGCUGUGCGCGCUCUGAGCUGUACCUUAGGAAGUCCACAUUUGACAUGUUUAACUUCCUGGCUUCUCAGCAUAGACAGCUUCCUGACAUUGGGCCUUAUGAUGAUGAGGAAGAUGAGGUUCUUUUGAAAUCUACAAGACGGGCUACUAGUUUGGAGUUGCCCAUGGCCAUGCGCUUCAGACAUCUGGAAAGGACAUCCAAGGAGGCUGUAGGCGUGUACAGGUCUGCUAUCCAUGGGCGUGGUCUUUUCUGCAAGAGGAACAUUGAAGCAGGGGAGAUGGUUAUUGAAUAUGCAGGCAUCGUCAUUCGCUCAGUGCUCACUGACAAAAGGGAGAAGUACUACGACGGCAAGGGCAUUGGCUGUUACAUGUUCCGCAUUGAUGACUUUGAUGUGGUGGAUGCAACCAUGCAUGGCAAUGCAGCAAGAUUCAUCAACCACUCUUGUGAACCUAACUGCUACUCGCGAGUGAUAAACGUGGAAGGCCGGAAGCAUAUUGUCAUCUUUGCUCUUCGGAAGAUCUACAGGGGGGAGGAGCUCACCUAUGACUACAAGUUCCCCAUUGAAGACGCCAGCAACAAACUCAACUGUAACUGUGGGGCCCGGCGAUGUCGGCGUUUCCUCAACUGAGACAUCCCUCUAAUGAAAAGGGGAGAGUCCUGUUUACUAGUAAGCCUUAAAUUAAGGUGGCACUGGAUUGGGCUUGGGGAGGCAGUGGAUAGUUGGCACAGUAGGGGAAUUAGCCACUAUGAGACCGGUCAGGAAUAUUUGGCUAUUGAGAAGUGAUAUGUGGACAUUUUUAUAGAUUGGAGUAGAAGAAGAGGAGAAGGGGAAUCUGCACAGAAAAUGCAUUCACUUUUGAAAAGUUUCUUGCCUGAUAUGUGUUCACAAGGUAAUUCUUCUUGUGAAGACUGUACAGCUGGCACAGCAACGUCACCACAGCAGAUAAUAUCGUGGAGGAAGUGGUUUUGGUCAUUUAAACCGGUUAUUUAAAAUGUAGGGGAUUCCCGGAUCAGUAUGGAUGACACCAACAGAAUUUCUUUGAUACACGUCAAGCCUUAUCUGUUUGAAUCAUUGCUGAAAACCUAUAGCUAGGCUUUGAGAGAUUCCUUAUGUUUUAUUCAUGGGGGGAGGGGUGUCUUGUCUAUAGUACACUUGUAAUCAUGAUUGCUCCAUCCUUCAGUGAUGGGAACAUUAUAGCCCCAUCCAUGCAGUGGUGAAGUCAGUUCU